UUUUAAUAUUUUUAUUUAUUCAUCUUAAUGAGGUUGAAAAGUUGCAUAAAACUCAAACACUAGUCCACAAUUUCAAUAUUAUUUAUACGAACCAGUUUUACAUAACUUGUUCAUUGUUUCUAAAAAUUGUUUUUAAGAAAAAGUUAAAAACAGACUGCUAAAAGUUAAAAGUUAAACACGACUGCUAAAACAAACGGGUAUUUGAUCCUUUUUAAGAAAAAGAAAGAAGCAAAACAGACGGGCGCAGAACCUAACCUAAACUCUGAAGCCCAAGUAAGACUCAAGUCCUAGUCAAGACUCAAGCCCAAGUCAAACUCUUAUAUUCAGUCUUCUCGUCUCUCCACACCGCCUGUGCGGCGACCUUGGAGCGGCGACGGCGAGCGACGAGUCCUUCGAUUUGAGCGGCGAGCGACGAGACCUUCGAUCCGAGCGGCGAGAGGCGAGGCAGCGGCAGUGAAUGAUUCCGAGCAGCAACAGCAAGGCAGCGUCUAUUUCGGAAAAAGAACUUUUGAACUUGGAGUCUCUAACAUCCAGCUUCAAACCCAAAAACCAUAAUGCUUGAUUCACUUAAUCGCGAGAGUUAGCGGUGUGUCAACAAAUGGAUUGUUUAGUCUGCCCCGAGAAUAGCAUUCCCGACUUUCCCAAACCAAAUAAUUUCUCAACACCGGUCGACAAAUAUCCUUCAAACGUAGACAUAUUAUCUGAUGACCCGUUUGUCAACCGACAAAAAACCCAUUUUAUUCUCGACGGUAUCUCUAAAGCCAAGGCAAGUUGGGCCGCCAAAAACUCAAAUAAACGACCGCUCCCAUCAACGGGACAUACCCCUGUAAUGCCCGUCAGCCAAAAUCAUGCCAAAGCGACUGAAAAGACCUUUUUACCCCCGAAACAGACCUCCGACAAGAAAGCCUCAACAGAAGGUGUCACCAUUGGGAAAAGGGCCCGCCCUUAUUUCGAUGAGUAUUUCGGUCCCGAGAAGUUUGGUAGCUACGAAGAAAUAAUGGAUGCCCUUGAACAGCGGGUUAGUAGCUAUAGCUUAGUAUACGAACAUCCUUCGCUUCACAAACCUUUGAAGUGUAUACUGAAGAAACGGGGUCGUAAACCUACCAAGGAGAAAAUUAAGAAGCCGAAACCGAGAGCUGAACCUAAAAAAGUCGCGCGUAAAGAGGCCAAGAGAUUCCCUGAUAACGUUAAGAGCUUGAUAGUGACUGGUAUGCUUGAUGGGGUGGAGGUGAAAUAUGUUUCUUUUUCAUCGGGGGAGAAGCUUCGCGGGAUUAUUAAAGACUCCGGCUAUCAAUGUGGGUGUGAAUCUUGUAAUAAUUCUAAGACGAUAAACGCGUACGAGUUUGAGAAGCAUGCGGGUUGCAAGACGAGUCACCCGAACAACCACAUACGAUUUAAGAAUGGGAAAAGCAUCCACGAGAUAGUUCAGGUGCUAAAAAGCACUCCGGAUGACAUGUUAUGUGAUACUAUACAAACCGUAACUGGCUCACCUAUAAAUCAGAUGGCCUUUCUUGUUUGGAAAGAAUCGUUUGAAGCGGGCAUUCGAAAGCGUAUUUGUGCAACGUUAUAGCUGGUGAGGCUCGGAUUAGAUUUUAAUUUAGAUGCGAAUUGUGAUGGCAAAUUGUCUCUUGUGUGCAUAGAGGACAUUGAUUAAUAUUAUCAAUUUAUGUCAUCCUGUGUAGAUAUAUCUUUUCUGCAUUUUUUUUUUUUUUUU